AUGAGCACAUCCGAUGUCGACAAACCAACCGUAGAGCCGCGUUGGUUUGAGCUAUUUACCACAAUUGAAGCCAAAUUCAAAGCCUCCAAUAUCCCCAGCGAAAAGUGGUAUCUCACAACUUUAAGCGCGAUUUCGACAACGCCAGAACCACACGUCUGUGGCCAGUUAUACCUGUACCUGAUUAGCCAACAUGAUUAUUCGACCACCAGUGCGCGCUGGAAGCUGAUUCGACGCAUGCGCGAGGCACUGUUCAAGGACAUUGCUCUUAUCGGACUCCCUAAACCGACGGAGGCACUCCUCAACAUCACCAAAGUCAUGUCUGAGGAAGAUGGGGAAUGUUCCUUCACCCGAGAAGGCCGGCAGUGCGACGACGCAAAUCAUGCGCGCGGCAUGGAUUGGUUAAAAUCAAUAUAUGCGCAUAAUACCAGUACGCUGUUUGGGUUAUUCAAAAAGCAUCCAGACUUUGGAUUUUGGCUUGCUGAUAUCACCUAUGGGUUACUCUUGUCUGACCGCCAGGUUUUGGAUGACGUGGAUACAGAGAUGGUGGUCUUGCCGGCGGUAAUGGGUCAGGAUAUGCCACGGAUGAUCUACUGGCAUAUCCGAGGAACAAGGCGAUUAGGGAUCUCCAAGAAAGAUGUGAAAAUGGUCAUGGAGUGUGUGAAUCUGGUUGUUGAAGCUUGUGGUGUGACAUUGAAGCAAGUGCCCAGUGUGGAUGACGUCGAUGGAGAUUUGUAG